GAUAUUUUUUUUUUUCAGAUUAUGAACUCGAUUCUAUAAAAAAUAUUUUGAUAUGUUUAGCAAGGCUUAUCGCUAUAUUGUUUAAAUUAUCUGAAUUUCGGAAUAUUUUAAUUUUUAAUCAGUUGUAAUGUAUUAGUGGUAGGUAGGUUCUAUCUAUAACAUAAAAUGAAUAUUUUCUUAAAUUUAGCAAAAGUAACCAAUAUUGUUCAUCUCAGGAAAUCUUUACUUUCAGUUGUCAAGAUGAGUAGUGAGGUUGAAAAGGCACAAAAAUCCCAAUACGAUAAAAACGCUGAAACUAUAUUUGAUAAGAUAUUAGCUAAACAGAUUCCAGCCGAUAUCAUUUAUGAAGACGAACAGUGUCUAGCUUUUAAUGAUGUUGCUCCUCAGGCUCCAGUUCACUUUCUUGUUAUACCAAAGAAAAGAAUUCCAAUGAUUGAAAAAUGUGAAGAAAACCAUAAAGAACUUCUUGGUCACUUAUUAUUAACUGCUAAAGAUUUAGCAGCAAAGAGGUUGCCGAAAGGCUAUCGUAUAGUAAUCAAUAAUGGAAAGGAAGGAAGCCAGUCCGUUUACCAUUUACAUAUUCAUGUUUUGGGUGGCCGUCAGAUGAAGUGGCCACCGGGCUAACUGAUUUAAAUACAUUAAAAUAUAUUUUAGUUUAAAAUCUCUGGAAAAUAUUUACAGUAUAUUACAUAUUUACAAUUUACUUUUUGCUGUAUUAGUAAAUUCAUUUUCCCAUUCAA